AUGGAAGAAGCGGAGAACGGCACCAGGAAGCGCGCCCCCGGCAAUGGCGUGAGGAAGCUAUCUCCUUCUCCGACUAGGGCCCCCAGUUCGGAACAGAGGAAUCCCUCGGCCUUGCCUCCGCCGCCGCGCGUCCCCAGGUGGCUGAUCCUCGACCGCAUCGUCCACCGCAGCAGCAGGAGGCGCUGCGGGGUCGUCGAAGACGACGCCACGGCCUCGGCGCUCGCCCACGACUGCGCCGGCCGCCCCGUCCGCGCCUCCCUCAGGAUCGCCGACCCUCCCGCGGUCUCCCGUCUCUACCUCCACCUGACGGGCAGGCCGGGGAUCAGCUUCCGGGAGCCCACCGCCAUCGCAGCCCACCGCAAUUCCAUUCUCUUCCGGUUGACUGUCCCCUUCGAGGAUCCUACGUGGUGGCACGACAGCUACUCCUUCCCCAUCGACUACUUCGUCUACUCCUGCCGCUCCUCUUCGCCGUCUUCACUGACUCUGCUUCCCCCCUGCUUCGACGGUGGCCACAUCAACCCCCAGCUUGAUAUGUUCUGCAAACCACAUCGGCAGCAGCGACAGCGCAGCAUGUUGCCCGAAGAUAUGGGUAUCCUAUGCCAUGGCGACGGAGGCGAGUUCACGGUGGCAGAACUCAUGUUUUCCAAGCGCUAUGAGAUUGAGCUAUGCCUGCUGCACAAUCCACCUCCUGCAGGAUCUUCAAUGGAAUGGAAUGUUAAGAAGGUGCAGAUCCCUCCUGACACGAAGAUAAACACCUACUUGUGGAUGACUGAUGCCGUCUUGCCCAUUGGUACAUGCCUGUGCUGGGUCGACAACUACCAGGGCAUGCUGCUCAUUGAUGUCCUCACUGACAGCAACAGCAACCCAGAUCAUCAGCAAUGGCUCCGUUACAUCCCUCUGCCUAAAAAGGCUUUGAAGUCUCAACGCCUGUACAAGGAUGCAGACGAACCUGACCCGUUGCGCUCUGUCCGUGUCACUGACACUGGCAUCAUUAAGCUCGUCUGUAUUCUUACCGAACGUCCUCCUUUCACCAUAAAAGCAUGGACUUUGGAUGACAUCCAUGAAGGCAGAUGGACAAUGGAUCUCAGCACUUCAGCCUGUUCGGUUGGCUGGUUCGUGAAGAAGUACUGUUGGCUGGUUUGUGUAAGAGAAAAAUACUAUUCUGGCUGGAAAUUUACAAUCGUUUACGACAAGCCACAGCCAAACGAACAGGCUGAGCAGAGGAGUUCUUCUGUCUUCUUGGCGCUGGCCACAGUUGCCUUCCACGGGUACAGCCAAGUUUUCCUUUGGUUAGCUUGGUUUAUCCAGAUGUUAUCUGCUUCCUGCUCAAGGACAAGGACCGUGGCCUUUUCUGGAUGA